CCGAAGGCAAGACAACCAACCCACCGACCUCUCCCCCCUCCCACUUCCGUUUUCCGCUCUUCCUCGGCCGGCGCGGGGCAGGGGACCGGACGGCAACCAUGAACGGCAUCAACCCCAACGGCGGCAUCCUGUCCUACGGGACGCUGGAGGGCUACGCGAUGUGGGUGGCCACGGGCGUGGCGUCGGCCUUCUUCGCGUCCCUGGAGCGGUGCGCCUGCAUCCACCUCCACACCGCCGAGGACGACGGCGACGAGGAGGAGGACCUGGAGGAGGCCAGGGAGCACCCGCUCAUGCUCUCCCGCCCCCAGGCGCUCCCCGAGUUCUACUACGACCGGUCCGGGUCCUCCGCCUCCUUCGCCAAGAUGUGACCGCGUUGUGAAAUUGUUUUGUUGUACUCUAUCGUAUGUGGGUGUUUGAGAUCCGGCCGUGUUUCUCCUCGCCAGGAGAUGAGGACCCAGCGUGAUUCGAAGCGUUGAUGGAUCUGUAAUUCCGUGCCGUGCGUUGUCUGAUUCUUUGAUUUCUUUUUAUCUUUUCUUUUUGUUUUGGGAUUUCAAGACUGCAUUGUGUUGAUGGAUCUCUGAGCACUCUGCAAAUUUCAGAUG